UUUGGAGGGAACAUUAUAUCGGUGGGAACAGAAGCCACUUCCGUUCUCGUCGGUGGGCUGCUAUAGUUCUGUUUUAUGGAGUUUGAAAUAGUAUAAUAAUACAUAUUGUGACGUUUAGAAAUAGCUCGGGUUGUGUCGAAGGGGUUUGAAAUCAAUAGAGUGAUAUUUACCUGCGGCGGAGGCUUCAUGCUGUCUUCCUUUGCCGGAUUUAUUAUGGUUUAAACAGGAGCGGUUUUUCGAGAGACAGUGGGUGAUAGAAACCCGAGCGGCAAUGCUGACGCUGGCGAGCAAGCUGAAACGGGACGAUGCAGUAAAGAGUGGCCACAGCAACAGUGCCGUCACAGACUCUGCGCGAAGGGUGUCUAUACGAGACAGGCUGCUGGUGAAAGAAGUUGCAGAACUAGAAGCAAAUCUUCCAAAUACGUGUAAAGUGAAUUUCCCUGAUGUAAACAAGCUCCACCACUUUCAGCUAGAUGUCACUCCAGAUGAGGGCUAUUAUCAGAGUGGAAAGUUCCAGUUCGAAGUAGAAGUCCCUGAAGCUUAUAAUAUGGCGCCUCCUAAGGUGAAGUGUUUGACUAGAAUAUGGCACCCAAACAUCACAGAGACAGGCGAAAUCUGUUUAAGUUUACUCAGAGAACAUUCAAUUGACUGUACAGGCUGGGCUCCAACAAGAACACUAAAGGACGUUGUGUGGGGACUGAAUUCAUUAUUUACUGAUCUGUUGAAUUUUGAUGACCCCCUGAAUAUUGAAGCAGCAGAGCACCACCUUCGUGACAAGGAUGAUUUCCGGUGUAAAGUUCAAGAUUUUAUCAAGCAAUAUGCCAGAUGAUGAUGAUGAUGAUGAUGACGGCAGCAGCCCAGCCUUCCUGAGACUGUGGAUUACACUCUGUGCUGCUGAGACUUGUGUCAGAUAUAAAGGAAUUGAAGAAAAAAAAAAAAAAUAUAUAUAUAUAUAUAUAUAUAUAUAUAUAUAUAAUAAAAUUUACAUUAAGAAAAUAAAUAAUACUUUAAACAAAAUAAAUAAAUAAAAGAACUCCACUGGAUUGUACGAAUAGUCCUGUAUCAGUAUUCAACUGAUGAUACGAAGUGAAAAGAGGGGGUCAGCAUUAAUACAGAGAGGGUAACUACAAGUUUGCUUUAUUUAAAAGAAGGGUAGACCCACCGCACUCUCUCUUCGAAUACCUUGUCAGCAAUACCCGUGCCAGACGCCUUCGUUUAACAACCCCACCCCCACAAAUAACAAUGCUGCAAGAGAACAAUCUCCUCAUCACUUUAUUUUUAAAAACUGUUUCCACAUGCGCAGCAACAGCAAAACCAUAAAGCAAUCUAAUCGUACCUGCUUUUUGAAGUAUUAAUAGCGGGUUGAUAACGGGGGGAAGAUCUUUGUUUUGUUUUAGAAUUAUCUGUUACACAUUAAAUCUUUGUUUUAAAGCGCUUUCAA